AUUCAAAAUGGCAGACAAGAGUUCUUUUUAAUUUUGUGACCUGCUAACUACCAGGUCUCAAAUUUGAGGAAAUAUUUUGAGAGUAACGUUAGAGACUGUUUAGUGAAAAGUAACUAGUCAAAAAUUGAGAUUUUACCUCAAAAUGUCUCAAAUAGAGACUAAAGACUGGUUACAGAAUUACGCUAUUAGUCUGACAUAUUUUACAGCCAUUGCAAAUAAUUGUCUGCGUGUGUUUGUUGUUGUGCCAAGAACUUGACAGAUGAAAACGGCGUUAAGUGGCUUAAGUCUGUUAUUACACGCGUCAGUUUUUGUUGCGGUAAUUCUUGGUUUAUUUGCGAGGGGAGGAGAAUCGCGCCGAGUUUCCGUGUUCAGCAACAUGCUUUGUGUUCUUGUUCGUAACAGUUCGCUGCGACGUUUUUCGGCAUUCGUGUUCUUUCUUUCGUAGUAUAUAGUUGCAUUUGCGUAUAUUCUUUUGAAAUUAAUAUUUUGAAUAUAUUUAAAAAAUUUAAUUUCUUCUGUUAGUAAGUAAUUUGUAAAUAUGUAUACAAAUAUACAUAAUAUAAUAAAAAUAUUUUGUGUGGAGUAUGACGAAAAAAUCGAAUUAAUUAAAGAUAUUGUGAAAUGUAUGGAGUAAAUUGAUUCAGACGAUAGUGAAAAGAGUGAUAUAUGUGAAGGUCUGUUAUAUAAUCUUUGUUUUAAUUUUGAGUUAUAAAUAAAAUGUAUUUCUUAAUUGACAGAACUGAUUAAUAUAUGUGAUAGAGUGACCCAAAUACCUAUAAGGAAAAAGAAACGCCAAUGGGUUAAAGUAAAGUGAAAGAGAAUGAGAAAAAAACUCGAACAGAUUUGCGCAACACAUAUUGCUCGUGUGAAUGUAAUGGGCGACAGCAAAAGAGAAUCGCCCGAGAAUUGGCAACAAAAGUUGACGCGUGUAAUAACACACGUAAGAGCUUUGAACCGUCAGUGAUGCCGCCGCGUUUAUUUAGGAAUCUAUGGGCAUGAAGAAUUUUUUAGAGUAAUUUACCGACAUUAAUAAUUGCAUUAAUAACUCGAGCGGACAAAUGUCAUGUUUAGAAGAUGUGAGAUUGUUGCUUAUAUUCAAUGGUGUAAACAAUUUGUUUUAUACUUUUAAUAUGACUUUCUUGUUAAUAGAAUGAAUAAAUGUAAAUUACAACAAUAUGCGAAAAUAUUUACUUUAAUACUUAAUAAGUAAUUUUCAUUAUUAGUAACUUUAGUAUACGUCUGGUAGUGUCAGUUUAUCUUUUAUAUAGGUAACAAAUACAAUUAUACACGAGUGGCAACGCCGGCAUUCACCCCGCAGGAAAAACUAAAAUUAAUAGCGUCUGAACAUUUCGCACGUAUAUUAACAGAGAUCUUUUGCAGAGUUUAUAUUCUAUGACCUUCUAAUGGCAAAAUUGACAAAUAUAUGGACGUUAUUUACGCAUAAAGGAGUUCCAAUUUUUUCUCGUUUUCCGUCAUAUUGGGAAUGAACAUGGACUGAUGCCCGAAACUCAUAGAGCGCGACAGACUGCAAGCGACAUCUGUCAAAUAUUAAAAUAUGCACCUCCUUAAGGACACAGUUAUUGAGGCAGCUGCAUAACUACAUAACUGUGUCCAUAAGAACGUGUGUAUUUUAAUAUUUGACAGAUGUCAUUUGCAGUCUGUUGUCUAUGUGCGUUCCGGGAGUGAUACAUAAAAGAAUGUCUUGGGCGCGCAAAUUCUGUUUUACUUGUUACAAAUGGCAAAUAAAAAGCACUUUGAACAUUCCCUACAGAGCAUAACCAAAUGUGUAUAUACUUAUGUGUAAAUAUAUAUUCGUCUUACGUAGUCAUUUUGCUGUUGGUGUAGUCAUAGUCGUUGCUAUCAUUGCGUUUUGUCGCGUUCGUUGCUAAAAUUUUGUACGGUGUUGUGUCUCGUGUUAAUUUUAGAAAUUCCGUCCUAUUCAUUUGAAUUCAGACUGUGGUGGCACACGGGAGAGUGUUAAGUGAGCGCACUAUAUAUAAUAGCUGCAUUGCAAGUGGAAAAAAGUAGAAUCAAAGUUAGUCGGAGUCGUGUUCAAUAAAAUUUUUGCUUUAAAAUAUUUUAAAAUUUUAUAUGUGGAAAGUGAAUUUAGAUUCCAGUUAAAACAGCCGAGUAUAUAAAGAAAUUACAGUUUCCACAUUCCAUAGCAUGGCAAGUGGUUGUGAGUAAAAAAGUAUAUACGUGUAUAUAAUAAUAUGCUGAGCAACUGGUGUAAUUCCAAUUGGAAAAUAUAUGUGUAUUUGUCUUCUUAAAGAAAGAAACACGACAAGUAGAUAGAAAGAAAAAAAAGCGAAAUGAAAAAGUAAAACUGGCCAAAAAUAAAAAGUACAAAGGCAAUAAAUAUAAAAAGAUAAAACGAAAAUUUCGACAGUGCACGCAAACGUGACAAAUUGUGAAACGUGUAUAUGUACAUAUGUAGUUUUUGACUGAGGAAACGACGGAAAGUAAAGUGGAAAAGUUCGUAUGCUACUUGCUGUCUCAAAUAUCUUAUAAAAAUCACGUUUUCAACAUUAUUCUUCACGUUUUAUUUUUGAAAAUUAAAUUUUGUGCACGCGUAGCGACUAAGAGGCGAUUCAAGGUUUUCGUAAGAAACUGAAAGAGGGAACGAAUAGCGUAAAACAAAAAAUGCAAAAUAAGUUAACUUGUUGAAAAGACGAAUAAGUAAAAUAUUUCGGGCGGUGUCGUUCACUCGCUAUACUAUCGCAGUUAGUGUUUUCUAGCCAUUGUUGCUACCCUUAUAUUACUUGAAUGGAAAAUUUCAAAUGAAAACCGACGAAUAAAGUAGCCAAUGAAGGAAGAAAGAAAAUAAUAAAUAUCGCCUCGUUGUGGAAAAGAUAAAUUUGUAUAGUGGCUUUAUACAAAAAUAGCAGUGAAACAACACAUAAAAGUAUUAGGAAGAUUACCACGUUACUGAUUAAGAAACUUACACAAAUAAACCUGAAGAGCUGUGCAUGUGCGACUUUUACCAGAAACGUUGGUAUUAGUGAGUGUAUUCAGAGAUAAGAAUAUAUAAAAAUACGUUUGUUAUCUGGAGGGUCUUAUCAGUUUGGUACAGCUUUUAACGCUCACAAAUUUUUUUAAACAAAUUGAUUGCCUUCCUUGUAAAGUUGCAAAACAUCUGAUUCUUCAUAUAUUAAUUACAAAAUUAGUAAAAGUGAACUAAAAUAAUAUGUAUUGAAAGAAGACCGAAAUCAAAAUAAUUAAUUUGGACAAAAAUUGUAUGUUAUGGUAAUUUUAGACACAAGGCGCCCAGUUUAUGAUUUAAGUGCCUAUAGUUGUAGAAAUUACUUUUGGAUAUUUAAAUGAACCCAAAAAAGGCAUUUGUAUUGGUAAAAAAGUGCGCGGAUUGCAAGUUAAGUGAAAUGGGAAAAUUGUUGAUAUUGUGAUAAUAUUGUACCUGCUCCAGGAUUUGGCACCAUUCUCUAUUUCGUGUUCAAUCCAACACGUUAAUGUUAAAACUUAUUACAACAUAUGUCAUCAUAAAAAGUACAAUUUCGUUUUUUUAUAAUCUAUAAACUAAAAAGUUUAUGUUGGUUCUAAUGUUCUACAACCGAAAGAUUUAAAAUACAUAUAUUUUGUUUCAAACCUUUAUUGAAAAGAAUAUAUACAUAUGUACAUAUAUUAAAUAAUAAAAAAGUACUGCGUGUAAUUUCAUCGGAACUAAUCACACAGAAGUCAAGGGUAUCAAUUAGUUAUUUCCACUAAUACGGACGGGAAUAGGUGUGAACUAAAUGUUUUGCUGUUUUACAAACAUACAAUACUCCAAGCAAGUGUAAAAGGGACUACCGUGCAACAGCUUCAUUACAAAGAUAGCCAAAAGUAUCCAGAACACUAUAUUGGUCGUUUCAUCUCUUGCAACUGUCGACUCCAGUCAACUAAAAACGAUUGCCACCAUUCCACCUCAACUGCAACCAACACACAGCAACAAAAUUAAGUACGAAGUUAUGGAAUCGUACUGGAGCGAAACAAAUGGACACGCUCCGCAUUCGGUUAAGUAUGAAAGCGAAGCAGCAGUAUCCAGUUUUCCUUAUUGCACAGAAUCUAGCUUAAAUUUUUCCACAUCAGCUACAGCAUACAGCGAGGAUGAUGCAGAAUAUGCCACCGGAAGACGUAAUAAAACUUCGAGGCAAGAUCCCUUAUCUCACCGCAUCAUUGAGAAACGAAGACGCGAUCGCAUGAAUUCCUGCUUGGCAGACCUUUCACGACUCAUUCCACCUCAGUAUCAACGCAAGGGUCGUGGUCGCAUUGAGAAAACAGAGAUUAUCGAAAUGGCCAUUAGACAUUUAAAACAUUUACAAAGCGAAUGCAUCCAGAAGGACAAUGAGUACCGAAUGGGUUAUACGGACUGUAUGAAAGAGGCCGCCAAGUUUCUCUACGAGAGUCACAUGGAGGAGUUUUGUUACCGCCUGGUGGCACGUCUGCAGGAGCAUUGCGUGGAGUUGAUGAAAAAUGACUGCUAUAAAUCACGUAGCUGUCAUAUACCAGAUAAUGUGAGUGCAUCGAGCGGUAGUCCGCAUCAAGCAUAUCACACGGCUGCGCCACUUUGUCAAUUGCGUGACAUGCUGGGCAAUUCGGAUAUUGAGCAGAGCAAUGACCAUAAUGAUGUUAAAGAUUUGAGUUUCCGCAAUCAUUUAAAUCAAAUGCAACGAAAUGUUGCUGCCGCAGCUGCUGCUGUUGCGGUUAACAAUAACACUAACAGUAGUAUCGUACAUGAGCAUAAUAGUAGCGGCAGCCAGACCAAUGCAGCUAGCAACUCAACCACUGCAUCAACGACAACGUCUUUGAAUAACACUAUUAGCACGACGACGGCCGUGCCUAACAACGGUGUGUUGGUAGUAGGCGGAGGUCCAACGAACAGUUCGCAACUACGACCACAUCAGGCUCCUGUAAUAACUUCUACGGGGCCGGCGAUAUUGAAUCACCAUAACGAAUCCAGUAAUCACGAUUUUGAAUCAUCGCGAGAACCGCUCUUACAUACUGAUACGUCCAAUAUGCAUUCACCUCCACCACGCGAUUCAUUGCUACAUCAUCACGCUCACCUGAGUCAUCAUCAACAUAAUUCGGAUAGUUUGUUGUCUGCGCGUAUGCGGAAUUUCUCUGAAUCAUCACACGAUAUUGAGCACAACAAUAACUAUAAGUACAAAAAUCAUAUAAAAGAGCGUUUUAAUCACGAGCUGCAUGACGAAGAGACAUCUAGCGAACAUUGUCCGGCACCGCCACUUCUACAAAGCGAACAUUCACAUACUCACUCCUUGUCUGAACAUUCGAAGGAUGGCACCGAGCCCGAAAUUGCACCAAUUAUAGCAAAGAAACGUAAAAUGGCAGAGGCUGCAGCUGCAGUGUUGGCAGCGGGCACAAGCGCCAAUAGCAAUAUCGCUUUGGACGACUGUGACACACGUCCCCCCACCACAACUAAUAGCAUGCUGAGCACGCGCGAUGAAAAACCCUUUAGUUUCGCCGACAUCAAAACUGAAUUAAGUGCACAACCCGGCUUUGGAGGUGCGAAGUCACAUUUUAGUACCCCCAGCAGCACUACCCACGUAUCACCGAAUUUACAAUCGUCGCGUUCUUUCGCUGUACCAAUCUUUGCUUUACACGGUCAAGGUACUUACUACAUACCACUAAAUAUUGAUUAUAACGUGUUAGUUCCAUUUCUUAAUGGCGCCGAUCUACUGGAAAAGAACUAUGCGUCGAUGCCGGUGGUGCAUCCAAUAAAUAUUAAUGUAAAUUUUAUGCCCACCUCAUCAUCAACAUCCAUACUCGCUGCCGCUGCUGCAGCGGCCGCUGUAGUGGUGGGCAAACAGCAAUUGCCUCCUGUUAACGGCACAGUAUCCUCGACGGCAGCGGCUGCGGCAGCCAAUGUGGCAGCUGUGACCAAAGCUAAAUUAGAGAGCAUCAGUAACGGUUGGUAAUCACGAGAAUAUAUUCCAAUAUCAGUUAAAAACAUUAAAAUAACUGCAGCAACUGUGCGCAGGCGCACUAAAGUAUAUGGUGCAUAGCGUUUUACGCACUGGUCGUUUGUCUUCAAGACAAGGCCUACUCCUCAAUUACUACUACAAGGAACAGCACUACCUCAGACAUCUGUGAAAUAGGAUGAAACAGUAAAGGUAAUUUGAACCCAGCGUCAGUCUGCAACAAGUAGCUAGUUAUCGUCCACACACUAAGCUGCACGUAGUCCGCUAUUACAGCAAUGACAUUUCGAACUAGAUAGGCUACGGCUACCUGACUGACAGCUAGAAUGUUUACAGUUAUUUCAAAAUAAUAUUGAUUAUGCGAGCGAAAAAUAAAUAUGGAACAAACUAAGCAAACAAACGAGGAAAAAUUUAAUUAAUAAUUGUAAAUACUACUGAAAUUGAAGCAAGUGCAGAGUUUAAUGAGGUUUCGUCUUUUCUAAAGGCCAUAACAGCAACUAUUACAAAACCUAUAAAAAUGGCAAACAAUAAAUUCUUUACAAACUUUUAGAUACUGAAUUUUUCUGUUCACGGACUGGGAUAGCUGCAGAGCAAUGAGUGUGCAAUUGAAAGAUAAUUUUUUUAAGUUUUUUAGUAUAAAUAUAUGUAAGUUUUUACUUGUAUAUGAGUAGGGCAGCCAAGUUUUUUAAAAUGUAGGACUAAACACAAGUUACAUUUGCUGUGUAUUAAAUAAAAAACAAAUGCUACUAGUCAAAAGCUACAAUGAAAAAGAGAAAUUAUAAUAAAUGACGUGACUUUGUUAGAGAAAUAGGUUUACAGUUACUCAUAAAAAAUAAUAAGUUAAUGUUACUUCUUGGAGUAAUAUUUGUAGGAUAUUUUGUGUAACAUAUUCCUUCUCAAACAAAAUAGUUUAUCAAAGUAAGUAAAAUUGUAAAAUGUUUUCUUUUCGCGGAGGAAAUUAAGUUAGUACUAAAGUUAUGGAAUAUUUGUUUUUAUUUGCUAAGAGAAAUAAUAUAUGAUAAAAUGGAAUAUUUUUAGAGUAUCUGCUUGUUAUAAGAAAUUGUAUACAUGAAAUAAUUAUGGAUGCAAGGUAUUUUAAAUGUUAACGAAUAUGAAUAUUUUGUAUUGAAAUGUAGCUUUAGCAAUAUUAUUCAACAAAUAAUUAUUAGAGCAGUUUAAUUUUAACAUAAAUACCAUUUUCUUAACUUUUUUACAUACCACAAAAUAAAAAACUUUGCCUCUUUUUAUAUUUUUUUUAUUAUAUGUACUUUCACGGCAAGAACACAAAAAUAUAAUGCAUAUUAUAUUCUGUGAAACGAUUCAACCAAUAUUCUAUGAGUUCAGGUACAAUAUACUUAUCUGAUGAGCUCAAAACCCAUAUUUGCACGUUUUUCUAUAUAUAAAUUGGAAAAUCGUAAUGUACAAUUGAAACAAUACCUAUAUAGAAGAAGUGAUAUUUUGUUGUUAAAUAAAUUGAGCUCUUUUGCCAUUAAUGCAGUCACUUGAGCAUAUAAGCUAAAGUCAUGAUCACACCGUAUUAAUUAAAUUAAUAGGAAAAUAAAAUGGAAUUCGAUUUAGGUACAUGCGGAAAAAGAGUGUAGUGUUAAACAACAACGUUCCCACCAAAUUUUAAAAUAAUAUUUAAAAUUGUCUUCAAAUAAACGUGCUGAAGCAGUGAUUUUUUCAAGUCCCUUACAUAUUGUUUUAGAAACAAUAACAAUUUUUUUUUGCUUUCGAGAAACACGUUAUUUUUUCUCGAUAUUCACAGUACAGUUACAUAUAAACACUUUAUAUGUAUGGUAUAUUAUAUACAACUUUAAAACCACGAAUAUUGUUUAGUUUAGAAAAAGUCGCGUGUGUUAUACUUAGGCAUAAGCAUUUGUGUGCAUGUACAACGCAGUUGUAAAAAUACUAUAUUCGUGUGUGUGUUUGUAGCGAUGUGUAUCAAACUUUUAUUCUAGAUUAUGUAUGUAUGUAUUACCAACAGAACUUAAAAGUUAAGUUUAUUGUUCACUAUAUACAUGUUUAUGUGUUAUAUGCGUGUAUGUUUACACAUGGACACCUAAUAUAUACAUAAAUGUAUGUCAUUAUUAUUAAGAACAGUAAUAGAUAACAAAUUUAAUGAAAUAAAAGUUUAUAUAAAUGUUGAAAUUGUGAAAA